AUGCUUGACUACAAGGGAGUAAUAAACAACAUUACGGGUUUCGCGAAGAAAAAUUUCGGUGGAGUGCUACGACAAGCGGGCUUUUCCUCUUCUGACAACGGAGCUUCAACAUCUCAACAAGCGGAGGAACGUGGAAGAAACAUCAAUAGAACGACGGACCACGUUCGGCUGACAUCGGAAGAGGCAAGAACAUCGCCGUUGGUGGCUUGUGAAGCUCGCGAGGACGGUAUCUAUACGGAUGAGAAUGACUGUGGAUCCCCAUUUGAGGUUGUGUCAAAGGAAGAUAUUGAAAAGCUGAGCAACAUCGUAGAGAAAAAGGAGGAGGUUGAUCAGAAGAAGAAAAAGAAGAGCCGCCGGGAGUUGAACAUCCCACAACGUGACAUGUUUGCUCCAGAUUUCAAACUCAUGCCAGACGAAGACCUCCCAGGAUUCUCUCCAAUUGACAGCGAGUGGAGUUCCAGCGAGGAUGAGUCUUUGGAGGCCGAGCGUAUCUCGAUCAGCCGUGAAUUCCCAGCUUAUGUAAACCAACAUCAGCCACCACCAUUAAAACCAUUGACACCACAAAUCUGCGGAUUGAAUCCAGACAUUCCAAACGAGUAUGACCCGGUGAUUGGAAUUAUCUCGAUUCAAGGCGUUCGCAUUCCACGCAGCAAGCCAAUUGACAUCGUCAAACCAAGCGAGCCACGCGCUCCUUUUUUUGGCGCAAAUUCUGAACUACACGUCAUGCUGAUAGUGGAGCGAAUGUACGACGUCUUCAAAGAACGGAUUCGUAACCACGGAAAAGUCAUGGCGCUCUCGUUGUUGGCUCAAGUGGCCGAUAUGUUCACCGCCGGACACAUGUGCGGACGCUUUGUUCCAGUUGAGUUGGCUGAUGGAAGCAUCUUUUUCUACGACUACGAGACCGUCAGCUUCAUCACCAAGCCAGAACUUAUCGAUUUGUUGUCGUGUUGCGAGGAGAAACACGAAGACUUCUCAAUUGCCGCUUCGGUUCCAGCCAUGUUCUUCCGUGAAACCAAAGAAGGAGUGUUGCGUCGCAGCAAGGAGUACAACGACCUCAUGGACCGCAAGAAGAUCUAUCUCCGUCGUAAGGAUUAUAUGAAGAAUGGCGUCAUCGAUCUCGAUUUUGACAUUCAAGAGUUUCCAUUGUCGGAGAUAACUGUAGAACAGAAACAGAUUAUUGAGAACAAACUCGGAAAAGUGUUUGUGGACCAUGAAGAAAUGGAGAAGCUCUUCCGAAACAUCAGCCAAGAUAUUGAAGAUGCCGAACGCUUCCAAGGUCACUCCUACGUCCGUCGCAGCACUCUCGCCAUGUUCGACGCUCGCGUCAGAAUCCCCUCUGUAGUCAAUUAA